AUGGUGACUGGCAGUAGCCUUAGAAUGUACCUGAGACAGAAAACAUCCAACCAAACCAUCCUGACUGAGUUCCUUCUCCAGGGUUUCUCUGACAUCCGAGAGUUGCAAAUUUUACAUUUUGUGGUGUUUCUAGUAAUGUAUCUGACUGCUCUGAUUGGGAAUCUUCUCAUCCUCAUAGCUGUAGCUGUGGACCACCACCUGCACACCCCCAUGUACUUCUUCUUGGGAAACUUAUCCUUCCUAGACCUCUGUUACAUCUUCGUCACCGUCCGCAAGUCCAUGGCAAAUUCCCUAACCAAUGACAGACACAUCUCUUUCUCUGGAUGUGUUGCCCAAGUCUUCUUGGUGGUCACCUUUGUUAUUAGUGAGAUGACCCUGCUUGUGAUCAUGGCAUACUACCGGUACGUUGCAAUCUGCCAUCCUCUUCAUCACAGAGUCAUCAUGAAUACAGACACCUGUGCCCAGAUGGCAGCUAGUUCUUGGAUUGGAAGUGCGAUCUAUGCAGCCUUUCACACUGGUAACACCUUUAGGUUGUCCUUUUGCCAGUCCAAUGCAAUUGGUCAGUUUUUCUGCUAUAUCCCGCAAUUACUGAAGAUCUCUUGCGCUGGUACUCACCCUAAUGAAACUUUGCUUCUUGCCUGUGUUAUAUUCUUGUGUUUCAUUUGCUUUGGUUUAGUUAUUGUGUCUUACACUCACAUCUUCUCCACUGUGCUAAUGAUCCCUUCAGCGCAGGGUAAGUCUAAAUCCUUCUCAACCUACUUACCACACAUGAUUGUAGUUGAUUUGUUUCUUAGCACCAGAAUGUUUACGUACAUGAAACCAAAUUCAGGGUCUUCUACAUGCUACAACCUGCUUGCUGCUGUUCUCUAUACCGUGUUUCCUCCAGCCAUGAACUCUCUUAUCUACAGCCUGAGAAACAAGGAAAUUAAAGAGGCUCUAAGGAAAAGAGGAGACAUGAAGAAAAGAUUAUUUUUAAUAACUCUCGGAAACUAA